UGAUCUUGAAGCCUCUAGUCCCAUCCCGAAACCUCUUCCGUGAAUUUCCAUAUCACGAUACUUAUCCACCGAAAUAUUUCUCAGCGGAGCCUCCGUAUCUAUGUUUACAUCCCUGGAGCUUCCGCGGAGCCUCCUUCGAACAAAGGCCCGCAUUUGGCGGCACCCCGCAUUUGUAAGCGGAGCCUCCGCGGAACCACGCCGUAGCUUAGGUUAGAGAUUCGAUUCAGGGGCACGCAUCCUGAUUCGUCGAGGAAAGCAUCAUCCAGGUACCUGGAAUUUACCUCUUUGUUUAGAGAUUGUUAUUAUUCUACAUACCAGUUACCGGCGGUGUGAGGUUUGAUUAGAAGACAUCAAUAUUACAUUACAUCAUAAAGCAUUUACUGGUAGUACCGCAAAAACUACCCACCAACCAACUUGUGAAGGGGGCCAGUCCUCGUGGUCAGCAUGGGUGGAAACCAUCCACCGCAGAGAAAGGCUUGCGAUCUGUGCUACCGCAGAAAGAUCAAAUGUGACGGCCAGCAACCCCGCUGCACCACCUGCGUGCUGCAUAAUAAAUCCGAGUGCACCUACAACGCCGCAAGUCGAAAGACGCCGUCGCGGAAGCAGGCAGAGGCACAGCGGCUCCGUAGGGAGUGCGACCUGCAAUCUCGAGUCCAGGUUCUGGAACGUCAACUCAGCACCGUCCUGGAAAAGGUCGAGAAACUGGAGAGAAAGCAAGAUAGCCCAAGUGCAUCAACAGCGGUUGACGGCAAUGAAGAUGCUUCUAAGGUGAUGUGUUCGGGCUCCGGGCUCCCAGAUCUGCCCCCUUUCGAAGAGGUCCUGCCCAUAGUCGAGCGAUAUCUCGCUACGUUCAACUCGGUCUUCCCUCUAUUCCAUGCCGCGACGCUUCUACAGACGGUGAAGAGCUGGUAUCUGAAUCCUCACACCAGGAAUGUAAUUACGUGGGCACUCAUCAAUGUAGUGCUCGCUCUAGCCCACCAUACCAGCGACCCGGGCGACUGGGACCAGAGAGGCAAUGCUGCUGCCAUAUAUCUCAACAACGUCCAGUCGGUGCUGACAGAAAUAGUCAUACGGGAUACGAGCUUAGUCAACGUGCAGAUAAUACUUGGGCUAGUGAUACUCUUCUGGACAGCAGAGGACUUGCGGCCAGCAUUGAUUCUGAUAGGCACCGCUCUACGGCUGGCACAUGGCCUUGGGCUGCAUACCCGGAAAAGCUCCCAGCAGUGCAGUCCUGCGUUGGCCUUGCAGAAGAGUCGGGUUUUCUGGAUGGCCUAUAUCCUCGACCGGGAUGUAAGCCUGGUGUCGAGAGUCGCGCCGGUCCAGCUCGACAGCGACAUAGAUCUGGAUCUGCCGCCGUCCGAGGCCGAGGGCGACGAGGACUUGGUCGGGUUUAUAUUCGCGGCCGACAGGCACACCAAGCUGAACUACUUCCGCGCCCGCGUGGAGCUGGCGCGGAUCCAAGGCACUAUCUACCAGUGCGUCUACUCGACCUCCGCGCAGAACCAGAGUUCCGAGCAGCGCGCCUCCAACGCCGCGCGCAUCGCCCGUCUGCUCGAAGACUGGAACGCCCGGAUCCCGCCUGCGUUCUACAUCACGGCACUAUCAUCACCAUCAUCGCCAUCUGUUAACCAUACCUGCUCGGAGCUCUCGCGAAGAAGAUACCUCUGCAUCCUGUACUCGACAACGCUCACGUGCCGGGCGCUGAUCAGCUUCGCCAACGCCGCCGACUCGUUCCACUACUCGGAGUGGAUGCAGCGGCUACAGGACUACGGGGGCGAGGUCGCGGCGGGGCAGAUGGCGUCUUCGCACGCGCCGGUGCCGCAGGGGUGGCAGGCGCUGGCGGAUGCGUCGAGGGAGUAUAUGAGGUUGUUUGAGACGGUUAAGCACAGGGAUACGUUUUUUCUACGCAUCACACUGUGCGCGCACAACUCAAGCCUCAUCUCCCUCAUGGCGAACCGGAUCUUCAACGCCCACGACCGGGCCACCGAGUCCGACAAGCACAUCAUCGAGACGGCUAUGCAUAACCUGGAAAUCACGGUUAGGCAGACGGAGAGCGAGAGGCAGCGGAGCAUCUGCGAUGCUAUCAAACGACUGUGCUCGUGUGCGGAUCUGAUAUCGUUCCAGAAUCUCACGCUUGGUAAGACGUCGCCGAGGAGGAUAAGCUUGCCGGGUUCAGGUAGGGACUCGUCGGGUAGGUCUCUGGAGGAGGGUCAGUAUCUUCAGGAUGAUGUCACAAUGCCUGGCGGCGGCUCGUACUGGGAUUGAAGGAUGAGUAAAAGUCUUUUGUCGGGUGGGCUUUCGCAGUAUAUCUGCCUAGCCAACCCCUUUGAGCCGCCCCCUUGUCUCAGAGCUCUUGAUACUUUGAUAGAUACAUAGAUGUACCGAAACUUUCGACAAUACAGAAAACCCAGUAGAGAUCAUUGGAACAGCUCAGCAUUCCAACCCCACAAUCAUGAAACCCUAUCUCAUCAACCAUGUCCUAGCAAACAGUGUCCAGGCUGCUUACCUAGGUAGAGACCAUCCCAACCUCAAAGUCUUUUUUUUUUCAUAAUCCUACAUCCUAGCCGGGUUCGACGCCGAUGAUGUACGUGGGCGACGCGAGGCGCCAAGCGUCUUCCCGGCCGAAAAGCGCCACUAGGCCGAGGAGAUGCUAGACAUGGGGAGCCCUAGUCACUUCUAGCUUAUACUCGGGCGCCGAGCACGGAUUUCCCGUCCAACUGCGAGAUAAGAAGAAGCAUGAGGGCUUCGCCAUAGAAGGAAUAGGUAUUUCAGCAGGUUGUCAUCCGAUUCGAUAGGUGGCUGGUGUGCCUAGCGGGACGGGAUAGUGUAGCGUGUUAGAGGCUUGCGCUAGGAAAGGGGGGGUGGUGGUGGUGGUUGUGGGGUAUGGGGCAGCGAUGAGAUGCUAC